AUGGUGCGCCCAACAUUGUACAAAACUCAUCAGGAGAGAGUGCAAGCUGCAAGAGAAAAGUGUCGUCGCCAUUAUCAAAAGUUUCGAGACACUAUACUGGCCAAGCGACGUGAGUCACGCAAAGCAAAAAAAUCCUGUCAAGACAAUGAACCUUCAGACGAUGAAGAUGAACCAAUCGAAACCUUACAGGAGUGCAUUGCCGUAGUUAAGUACGCCAAGGACGACUUCAUGGCCUAUAUGAAAGUUCCACGAAGAUUCUUCGACCUCCUCGUCGAUGAAUACUCCAAGACAAUGCCCGACCCUGAGUUAUACCCUACCGAGAAUGGAGAUAAGUCUGUAUUUGAACGCGCUAUCACAAACCUGGAAGAAUUUCUCCACCGAGCCAACCGUGGGCUUGAUGGUAUUCUUCAGAUGUGUGGCGUGAGUGAUGAGUGGCGCGCUGCAGAUAGUGUCUGCAGGUUCAUGAGGGAGAUGAUAGGGAUGGUUGAAGACAUCUUGUUGCAUCUGGCGGAUGGCGGCAACAGCGAACUAGCGAUUGCUUUCACGGGAAACGAAUUAUGGUACCAGGAGUACAAAUUUCCCACUAGCGCUUAG